AUGCCCAUGGACAAGAAUGCGACCAUGAAAAAGAAGGCUGCGGGCGGAAGCGGCUGUAGCCACAUCAGCGCGCCUAAAGUUGCCGCGUCCAAUUGUAGGAGCAGCAACAGCGGCAAUUGUGUUGACUCGGUCCCCGCUGCUGCUGCUGCUGCCAGCCAGAGCGCCCCAAGUGUGAAGCAGCUCGACGUGGCCAGCAACGCCGUCAUGGACGAGGUGGAGGACGUUGAGGAGGAGUCCAAGUUUCAGCAUCCGCGGCUGCGCCGAGCUGGUGGGAGCAGCAGUGGCGGCGGUGGUGGAGGCGGUGGCGGUAGUAUCAGGAUGAAGAACUUCACGCCAGGAGGGGGAGCCGCGGCCACGGCUACCAGAAAUAACUCUACCAACAACGAGCCCAGCCUACUGCAAGUAGAGGACGCGCCUGCUGCCACUGAGCCCACUGUAGCAUCCAAAGUGACUGAUACCACAACCUGUCCGGGAGAUGCUGCCGUGCGCGGCGAGACCAACAGAGCGGCAGGGGAGGAGGCGUCUGGAGCAGCGGUCACGGUAGAGGUUUUAAAAGCGGCAGCAGGUGAUGGUUGCAACAGCACCGCUCCAAUUUCAAGAAUGAAAUGCAACAAAAACGGAGAAUGCAGGAGGGACUCCGGCACCGGGAGCCUGCGCUCGAUCAUCUCCAACAAGACUGCCGGGGCGGGGAGGGCCGAGGACGGGGGAACCCUUAGGCGCGGUGCCUGUAACUCAGCCAGGGCCAGCAUGGAUGGCUCCACGACAGGCUCCAUCACGCAGGGCCACGGGGAAGGGAGCGCAAACCCCGGCAUCACCCCGGUUUCCACCGGCGUCCCCGAGAAAAAGGACUCCAGGGUGUCCUUCUCCAACGCGCCGAGCAGGAAAGCCUCCUCAUCGCUGCACGGCUCGACCCAGACCCAGACGAACCAGCAGCCUAGGAACUCUGUCACCUUCCAGAAGCCCGAGGAGGGACCCCAGAUCCAGACCGAUGAUGCCGAGCCCUGCGGAAGCACCUUCAUGCAGCGACAAUUCAGUGCCAUGCUGCAACCUGGAGUUAACAAAUUCUCCUUACGUAUGUUUGGGAGUCAAAAGGCGGUGGAGAGGGAGCAAGAGCGGGUUAAAUCAGCGGGCAACUGGAUUAUCCACCCCUACAGUGAUUUCAGGUAAGGGUUAAGUGCUGCCAUUGGUUUCUAUGAGUGUGCAUGUUGGCGAUGCCAUGGAUGGCCUUUGUUUGGCCCCAUAGCACCAUCAACAAGUUACAAUGAGAAUCCAGGGGCCCAGAAGUAGAAUGCCUAUUGUCAAUGUGCAUUGUGCAACACAGUCUAUUGUCAUUAGUUGUUAUAAGCCAGACAUAAUAACCCAUUUUGACCCACCUGUUCUGGCUGGUAUUUUAGACUAUACAUUUCGAUUACAUUUUAUUGAAUGAAAACCAUCUAUAUAGUGAUUUUCAUUAAACAAUGGGCCAUUGACAAAGACAGGUUUUUUAGUAGUGCUUUUUAGAAUAUUUCAAAGACAACCUGUGCGCAAAGCUUGUGGGAAGGUAUAGGCUUUAUGAAAAGCGAUUAUAUCGUGUCCUUUCAAGGUUGUAAACAACAGUCGUCUGUUGAAUGUCUGGGAUAACCAACCAAGCCUUGCUUUUGUAUCAAUUCGUGAACUCACUCGUAUCGAUCUCAUUCAGAAUAAUAGGCAAAUCUUAACACAAAAUUAUUAAUUCAUGCCAAUUACUAGGCUAUUUACCGUGGGGCUAGAUUAAAAUAUGGUUUGUUUCGAGUCGAUCGUAGCGUAGUAGCCGGCUGUGCGCUAGAUCCUUGACUGAUAGGACUGCCGGGGUGUGUGAUGCACUCAGUAAUGGAAUGUCACCUUGAGCCAAGUGUGCUAAAACCUCAAGCAUGCUCACUCGAGACAUAUCCGCCUCUAUGACUCCCCGGAUCAUGCAUUUUAAUAAUGACGGGUUCGCUUUGCCUUUUAUCACCGUUUUAUCAGCGAUAAGGAGAAUCGACAUCUCAUGUCUUUUGACAUACAUAUGUGGGUCCUCUCGCCUUUGAGAGGGUCAUGUUAAUUAUGCGAAAUGGGCCCAUUUUAUACAUGAUCAUGGGAAUUACGUCUUUGUGCCACUGAAGUUCGUGAUAGACUCCCGAGUGGCGCAGCGGUCUAAGGCACUGCAUCUCAGUGCUAGAGGCGUCACUACAGGCCCUGGUUCGAUUCCAGGCUGUAUUACAAUCCGGCGGUGAUUGGGAGUCCCAUAGGGCGUUAGCAUCGCGUCGUACGGGUUUGGCCGGGGUAGGCCGUCAUUGUAAAUAAGAAUUUGUACUUAACUGACUUGCCUAGUUUAAAUAAAGGUUUAAAAAAAAUAGACAACUGGGAGCGUUCGUCCCUCGUUUCAGCACCACUCGCGAGUGGACAGCUCCCGCCUAACCCAGAGUGGAGCCGGCAGCUACUUUCGAUUCACAAAUCACACAUCGUGUUGUUUUUGUUCAUCUCAUGUUUACGACUCUGAUCAAAUUAUGCUGAUUCAGUACAAUAAUUUAGUGAUACGUAUCCAAUAUGUAUAAUUUGACCGUAUAGUUUCGAAGAGAGUUAUACAACACAAUAAUUACAAGUCUCUCAUAGGAGUAGGCAUGCCAUAGUUCUCACAAAUAUAGGCACUUACAGGGUUAUCAAAUAUGUUAUUGUUGUGGUGUAAACUGUGGAGCUGUGCUCAUUAUCUCUUGGUACACGGUUAAGACCUAGUGCGUCAUUCGCAGUGUAAUGACUCAGCGUUGCACCUGCAGUGAGCCCUCUCUGACUGCGUGGCCAUGAACACUCUUAUCAAUUAACACUAGCCUACUAUCCCUGUACCUCUGACUGUCAUCAUCAGCAGCACCCAACCGUGUAACCUGCGCUUUAAGCCUUGGCUCAUUGCAUUUUACUGAACUAGCUUGGCUACAAUAAUGGUACCAAUUCACUUAAGCUAUUUUCUUUAGCCAUGCAGUUUAUACAAAUAUGCAUAAACAUGCCAUUAAGGCAUAUGCUGCUACUGUUGUUGAUGGUAAGAAAAACAACAUAGGCCUGUGUUUACUACGAUAACAAUAGGCUAAUAUAAUCUGUGCAGGCCAAUCAAGUUCUUCCAUACUGAUCUCAACAAACCAUUUCUGUAUGGACCUCGCAUUGUGCACGAGGGCAUUGUCAUGCUGAAACAGGAAAGGGCCUUCCCCAAACUGUUGUCACAAGGUUGGAAGCACAGAAUCGUCUAGAAAGUCAUUGUAUGGUAUAGUGUUAAGAUUUCCCUUCACUGGAACUAAGGGGCUCAUCCCGAACCAUGAAAAACAGCCCCAGAUCAUUAUUCCUCCUCCACCAAACUUUACAGUUGGCACUAUGUAUUUGGGCAGGUAGCGUUCUCCUGGCAUCCGCCAAACCCAGAUUUGUCUGUCGGACUGCCAGAUGGUGAAGCGUGAUUCAUCACUCCAGAGAACGUGUUUCCACUGCUCCAGAGUCCAAUGGCGGUGAACUUUUCACCACUCCAGCCGAUGCUUGGCAUUGGGCAUGAUCUUAGGCUUGUGGGCGGCUGCUCGGCCAUGGAAACCCAUUUCAUGAAGCUCCCGACCAACAGUUAUUGUGCUGACGUUGCUUCCAGAGGCAGUUUAGAACUCGGUAGUGAGUGUUGCAACCGAGGACAGACAAUAUUUACCCGCUACACGCUUCAGCACUCGGCGGUCCCGUUCUGUAAGCUUGUGUGGCCUACCACUUCGUGGAUGAGCCGUUGUUGCUCCUAGACGUCUCCACUUCACAAUAACAUCACUUACAGUUGACUGGGGCAGCUCUAGCAGGGCAGAAAUUUGAAGAACUGAAUUGUUGGAAAGGUGGCAUCCUAUAAUGGUGCCAAGAUGAAAGUCAAUGAGCUCUUCAGUGAGGCCAAUCUACUGCAAAUGUUUGUCUAUGGAGAUUGCAUGGCGGUGUGCUCGAUUUUAUACACCUGUCAGCAACGGGUGUGGCUGAAAUAGUCAAAUCCACUAAUUUGAAGGGGUGUCCACAUACUUUUGUUUAUAUGGUGUAUUUUCUACACCGGAGGUGUACUAAAACAAUGAUUUACAACAAUAAUGCUCAUUCUCAUUCAUCAAUCAUUCAUUUUCAUCUACCUUCAGGUUAUGCUCAAACCCUAUGCCCCAACCCGAGCACUCCGUUCUGCCACCUCUGGUCUCUCCGCUGUCCCACCCCCAUAGGGGGUCAGCUCCCGCUCAGCCCAGUCCAAGCUCUUCUCUGUCCUGGCACCCCAAUGGUGGAACGAGCUUCUCACUGAAGCUAGGACAGCAGAUUCCCUGCCCAUCUUCCGAAAACAACUGAAACCCUACCUCUUCAAAGAGUAUCUUAAAUAAGACAUCUCAGUCUUAUCCGCCACCCUAUAAAAACAUAAUUAAAAUACAAUUGCACUUAUCUUUUCUUACUAGUACUGACUUUGCUGAUAAGUUCUGUAUUGAGGAAAAAUGUACUUACUACGACUGUGAUAUGUUGCUGUCUCACCUAGCUAUCUUAAGAUGACUGCACUUACUGUAAGUCGCUUUGGAUAAAAGUGUCAGCUAAAUGACUAAAAUGUCAAAUGCAAAUCAAUAUUAAUUAGCUUAACAUAAUCCUUCAUCCUAACAUAUUGUAGGUCUUUAGUUACACUCCCACCAGUUUUUGUCAGAAAGUCUCCAGUGCCUAUCAGUUUCCCUUGGUGACCCUCUCUUGCCUCUAUCACUCUGCUUUUGUCCCCGAUUCCAUCCCUUUCCUCUCCCUCUCACUUUUACCUUUCCCUCCUCCACACACACACACACACACACACACACACACACACACACACACACACACACACACAAACUCUCCCCUCUCUCUCUCUCGCUCCCUUUCUCUCUCUCCAGGUUCUACUGGGAUUUCACAAUGCUUCUCUUCAUGGUGGGUAACCUGAUCAUCAUCCCGGUGGGCAUCACCUUCUUCAACGACGGGACAACCACCCCCUGGAUCAUCUUUAACGUCAUCUCCGACACCUUCUUCCUCAUGGACCUGGUCCUCAACUUCCGCACGGGCAUCAUCAUCGAGGAGAAUUCCGACAUCAUCCUGGACCCCAAAACCAUCAAGAAGACGUACCUGAAGACCUGGUUCAUUGUGGACUUUGUCUCCUCCAUCCCUGUGGAUUAUAUCUUCCUGAUCGUGGAGAAGGGGAUCGACUCUGAGAUGUAUAAGACGGCCAGGGCCUUGAGGAUCGUACGCUUCACUAAGAUCCUUAGCCUACUGAGGCUGCUGAGGUUGUCCCGGCUCAUCCGUUACAUCCACCAGUGGGAAGAGGUAGGACCACACUCCACACAGCCCAAACCCCCCCCCCCCCCCCCGAAACGCUACAUUGCAUCUAUUCAUCACUUUUCAUAAUAGGUCUCAAAGAACUUGUAAGGGGGAAACUCAAACUCGCCUCAUCAACUAUUUAUUGUCAUGACGAUAGGAUAAAGGAUGAUAACUAUAGUAUACACAUAGCUCCAUUCCCUCGGUCUCCUGGAGCUUGUAAGAUGGAAACUCAUCUUAUCCACUGCUAACGUGUAGUACCCACUCACAGCAUCAUGGCUACAUACUACAUGGUUUAGGAUAGUCACUAUAGAAAGCUAUGCUAGAAAGCUACAUGGCUAUGCUAGACAAGUACAAGUAUUGUCAGAGAGAAGGUACAUUAGGGAGGUAGGACAGCAGUGUAUAGAAGCAAUUUACAGAAGAUGACAUAGGCUCACAGCAGCAUCACUACAUUUCCCAUGUCAAUAAUGAUAAUGGAUUGGAUUCUUUUUUACCACACUUUCCACUGUAGGUCUAAAGUACUUUACUCUAGAUGUAAAGUGUUUUUACAUUAUACAGUGGUCAACUCACCUCAUCACACUACUAAUGUGUAGUUACCCUUGGGAGAAAGUAGGCUAACAUCCCUACAUGACCCAUGGUUCAGGGUAGUCACUAGAUGGCCAGGCUAGAGAGGACAAGUGGCUAUUGUCAUGGAGGAAGUAGUCUAAGAGCCAGGAUCGCGCUAAUGCUGAUGAUAGUAAUGAAAGUGGGUAGUGGAUUUUAGGUAGUGAUUUUGGGUAGUGAGGGUUAGUGAAUUGUGGGUAGUGAGGGGUAGUGAAUUGGGUAGUGAGGGGUAGUGAAUUGUGUGACAGGUUGUCCAGACAAUUUGUCUAGGUGGAAAAUCAUAGCUAAGUAUUAAAUAUUUGACCGGCCCACCGCACUGUUCUGUACCCAGGAACUCUUGGUCCCCCAUCCAUUUGGACUUCUGCAUAGAUUAAUAUCAAAGCAGACUUUGGUCUGCUGUCAGAUCACUGAGUUCCUUCUAAGACCUUUAGUUGUUGGCUGACAACCAAUAAGCUGUGAGUCAGACGAUCAGUCUGGACCCAGCCCUGCCUGUGUUUGUUCCCAGUCGUUUGUCGAGGGCCAGGAGGUUUACUUUGCUGUUCUCGACCUGUCUCCCUGCGAAAAAUAUGUGAUGUUGUUGGCAGGAGGGUUUAAACUUUGAAACACCCUUUGCAUCCUAAUCAGCAUCAGUGUCAUCGCCGUCUCCCCGUUUGACCCGGAUGGGUGGUAAUAUGACACACCGGAGGGGGUGCUCACUGUGAUUAUAUGUCUGGCUAAUUGUUAUUAUUAUUAUAAUAAUUCAGUUAGGCUUGUGUUCCUCGUAGGGUAGCCUUUAAUUGUGUCUCCAUUCAUUUUCUGUCUCUUUGUUAGCUUCGGAAGGGACUUGAUUGGUUGGUUUGUCCUUCGGCCAUUAUAUCUAGUUUUUCGUUAAUCUACAAUAUACCUCUGCUCUAUUCGUGUUUGUGUUCUCUUGGAGGGGCCUUUGUGUUUGGUUGACUCCCUGGUCCGUCUGUCUAUCCCUCAUCUCACAUCGAUGCCACAAGAGGUCCGAUGGUGAUAAUGGGAUCACUCAACUUUUCUCUUAUGGAAGUAUUGGCAGGCCAGGCGUCUGGCGCUAGCUGGCAUUUUGCAGUGGUGCGGAUGGUGGAUGCACUGGGCCCUGUGUGUGCCCCUUACCGUUGGAUAAUUGGAUUUCUGAAGACAUGAUGCGACAAAUACACAGAGCGGUGCACAAUGGUUAGAGGAGGAAACUUGGCAUGCAUGGAAGAUGACAGACAGACAAAUAUACAGCAGUCAGAUGGACGGAUGGAGCAGUUGGCAGAUCCUGAAUGACAGGCAGAUAUAUCCAUCAGAUGCCAUAUUUGAAUACUUCCGAAAUGCAUCCUUCCUUUUGCUAAUUAAUCACUGAUCUGUAUGUAGUUGGAUAACUGAGUUUAAGAUCUCUCCACCCUUUUGCUCUUAUUCAUAACUUCUAACAAGGAAGCAUAGAAGGAAUGAAGGAAAAAUGCUUGUUUUUAGUGUUUGUACAGGAAUGAAGGAAUAAAAGAAGGAAGGAUGCAUGCUUUGAGUGUUUGAACAAGGCCAUAGAGUGGAGUUUGGAGAGGAAGUGUUGACAGUGCCUCUCCACUAUUUAGGGUUGAAUGGUGUGCUCUUAACUUACACUGUACUCUCUACUAAUGGGAAUUGCCAUGGCGACAUAGCUCUUUGUGCUGUGGUAAUAGCAGUUUGCUUUUGUUGUUGUUAUUCACUCUUCCAAUUGAUUAUGUGAGUGUUCAUUGUUUUACACACCAAAACAAAAUGUCGUUUGGAAGACUAGAGGGCUUCAGUGAAUAAGUCCUUCUAGUGAUUACAUUUUCACACAAAAAUACAGAGAAUAUGCCUCAUUGUUUUCUAUUACUGCUUCCCUUUGGUUAUCUGUUUUCAGAUUUCUCAUAAGUCAGUAAGAACCUUGACACUGUCCAUGGUGCUGAUUAGAGCCAUACAGUUUGCCAGUCAGUUACAUGUUGGCACCAAACGUUCCAUGAAAGUAACAUUCUAAUCUGCAUUCUCUGUAGAAUGUAAUUGUCUUGGAACCUUUGGUGCUAACAUGCUGCUCAUUCGGAUUCUAUAUCUUAAACCGAGUUAGCAGAACUCUGUAUACUGUGGCUCUGGUACUGCAUUCUAAGAAAUAAGGGUACAUUAUUGUUCCCUGGGGUACAAAGAUCAAAAUACACAUAAUUUACCUUCAGAGAUACACAUAUGAUCUCACAUGGUACUAUACGGUACCUUUUAGGGUAAAUGUGCGGAUAAUCUAGUGUAAUGGUACAUUUUUAUACCCAAUAUUUUGAAAAUAAAGGUACAAUCAUCACAUUCCCGCUCUCAAUGUACGGUGAAGGUACAUUUCUGUUUCCCAGGGUACAGACAUAUUUUGUGUACCCUCAACUCUCGAUGGUACUAAUCUGUACCUUUACUUAGCAAAAAAGCAAUGUAUUGAAGAAGGUACAUAUUUGUACCCACCAAAAAGUACAAUUAUGUUUUUGCCACUUAAAAGGAACUAACGGCUUUGUCACUGUGGUGGCACCCUAAAAGGCCAAUUGGUACCAUAAUCAUUAUCAUUCUGAUAUUUUCCAGCAUGCUCCCCUGCAGGUAGAUUUUUUAGAAUUGUUUUAAAUAUCUGUGUUUAUGCAUUUACAUUGAUUGAUUGAUUAAUCUUAUGCUACACAAAGAUAAAUAACAGACAUUUUUCUAAACUAAACUAAUCCAAUCAAUUAGUUAGAUUUUUUGCACCCUUUACUGAAAUUGUUGUUCCAGUUUAAAUGCCUUAGGUAGUCUCCUCACAAUGUUCCUAACCCUGGCAGUCAUUCUGAAUGCAGGUUGCAGGUGAAUAAAAAGUCAAACUGUUGGAUAGCCUAACUCUGUCUGGAUUCCAAUAGGAAUUACACAUCACUUUGCAUGCCAGUAUAAUGUGACAUGCAGGUAGGGUUGCAAAAUCCUGAUAACUUUCCCAAUAUUCCCAGGUUUUCCAGAAAUCCCGGUUAUAAGAUUCCUGGAAAUGGGAAGGAACGAUGAUUGAUGUUUUGUAUCUGGCUGUAACAAAUGUCUGCUUUGUUCCUGCUGUGUCUGAUGGCCGACUGAUGGGAAGCUGUCUUUCCUCUUUCAUUAAUCAUGCUUGGUACGGUCCAAGGGAACAGCAGGCAACAUGGUGCUGCUGACUGGAGUCUUCUUCUUUAAUCCUGCUUCUAGGACUUGUCAUCUUGAUCACUAGAGAAAUUUGCAUUAAACAGGAAAUCUCAAAUUAAACAGGAAAUCUUUAAGAAUUCUGUGACUGUGAUUCUGUCUCUUUCUCUUUCUCGCUCUCUCUUUCUCUCUCACUCUCUCUCUUUCUCUCUCUGCUUCUCUAUCUCUCUCUCUUGCACAGGCACACAUACACACACGCAUGCACACACAGACACACACACACACACACACACACACACACACUCUCUCUCUCUCGUCCUUUCUCUCCACUUGAACUCAUUCUCUGUCUCUAUCUCUGUUUCAGAUCUUCCAUAUGACCUAUGACCUGGCCAGUGCGGUGAUGCGUAUCUUCAACCUGAUUGGUAUGAUGCUGCUGCUGUGUCACUGGGAUGGCUGUCUACAGUUCUUGGUUCCCAUGCUGCAGGACUUCCCCUCAGACUGCUGGGUCUCCCUCAACAAGAUGGUG